AUGGGGUUCCUCAGCAGCAUGCGUGAGAUCUACCACGCCUACUCGCCCGCCGAGCGCCGCAACAUUGCAAUCUACAUCCUCGGCAUCAUGUUCUACAAGCUGGGGCUCGAGGCCUUCAACGGGUCCAUCGUCACGCUGGCCACCGACCGCUUCAGCGGUGGGUCCACGUACAAGAAGCUCGGGAUCCUGCAGGGUCUCAACCAGGCCUUCCAGUGUGUGGGCUCGAUCCUGAUUGCACCGCUGAUCAAGCGCUUCCCGACCCGCUCGGUGCUCGCCGCGGCUGUCAUGUUCUUUGGCUUGUUGACGGCGGUGUUGUUGAUUGUGGAUGCGUCGACGGGCGGGAGGAUGAAGCAGUCCGGGGAGGAUAAGGCCCACUAUGGUGACUGGAACCCGAAUGCCCUCUUCCCUAUCUACUGUGCCUCCGGUAUAGCCUACGGCAUGGUAGAGCUCAUCCGCCGUGUCAUCCCCCGCGACAUCGUCGGCGGCAACGUCAACAAGCUCCGCCGCAUGGACGCCACCGUGCACAUCUUCUACGAGGUGGCCGGCACCGGCGGCGCCUUCGCAACCACCUACCUCGUCCUCCGCCUGGGCAACAACUACUCGUUCAUCGUCUCGCCCAUCUUCUUCACGUGCGCGUGCAUCGUGUGGAGCUUCAUCACGGUCCUCGAGUUCAAGUCAGCCAUCGAGUACGAGAGGAGCAACUACUUCACCCAGGUCUGGCACGGCGCAAAGUACUUUGGCGAGUCCGUCUACCGCGGCGCGGUCAUCAUUUUCUCGGAGCGCAAGUUCAUGUGGCUGCCUCUUGGCUACUCGGUGGCGCUCUACGGCCACCGCUACCUCGAGUCCGGCAUCGCCCCACUCGUCGCAAAACAAGUCUUCAAGGUCUCGGCCUACUCGCAGAUCCUGGUCGGCGGCAGCAACUUUGGCGAGCUGCUCGGCGCGCUCAGCGUCUUCUUCCUCAACGACUUUGUGCCCACGCCCAUCCCGUGGCUGCGGGCCGACUCCCUGCUCCUCCUCAUUGUCUGGGCCCUCCCCCACUACUACCCCCCCGCGAAUGAUGUCAACUAUGCCUGGACCCUCGCGGCGGUGUUCAUGCCUAUCUCGUUUGGGUGGGCGGCUGGCGACGUGUCGCUGGCGGCGUACAUCCAGGCUUGUCUCGCCCGUAGGGAGUCGGAGUCGAAAAACGUAUCUGCGCUUGGCGCCGUCAUGGCCUUCCUCUACUCGACCUACAUCGUCAUCUACGCCAUCCUCUCCUCCACGCUCGGGCGCUACAUCGACAGCACCAUCAAGUCCGACGGCCACGCGCACAAAGCGCUCUUCAACAUCGGCGGCGUGCAGUUCACGGUGCUGGCCGGCAUCCUGUUCCUCGCGACGCUGAUCCCGCGCGGCGCGCUGCGCCUCAACCCGAGCCUGCUGGACGACGAGGCGCUCGACGGCGAGGUGCCGAGCGGGAAGAGCCUCGAGGAGGUUGCGGAGGAGCAUAAGUUGGAGAUUGUGGCGAGUGAGGGCGAUGGACACAUGCCGGUGGAGGCGAUGGUGAGGGGGGCGUAG